GUCGUUAUAUCAGUAGUUUGAGUGUCUUGUUAAAAUGACGGUCCACGGUGGCCUCUUUUAGUGCACCUCCCUCGUUUUGAAGCAGUCGGUGGUGGGAUGACGCAGGGUUUUCUCGGAGCAGCCGCUGCGGAGCUUUAAGUUUACCUUAGCUGCUGUUGACAUAAGCAGCCUACAGUAGAAGACUGCGGCGGGGCAAAUCCGAGUCACAAGACUUCUUCACCGAGCCGCACGGCUGCUUUCUCUCCCCACAGGCUUUGAAAGGAUGGAAAACCCCGGCUACUGCUCUGGGAGCUUUGACGGCCUCCAUCACCCGAGUGACGAUGAUGAUGACGAUAUGGUGGACAUUGCAGGAGCCACGCUUGACUUCUCCUCCACGGACGACGUGCCCCCUCUCAGCUCAGGAGGCUAUGAGGAGUACAGCAGCAGCAGCAGCAGCAGCAGAGCAGCCGGUAUGAACGGUAACGGCCCCAGUCAAUUUGUGGACCCACUGGAGGACCCACUGCCCGGAUUGGGCACCUACGAAGACUUCAACACCAUCGACUGGGUCAGAGAGAAGAGCAAGGACCGCGACAGACACAGAGAGAUCACCAAGAAGAGCAGACAGUCGACCGUGGCUCUGCUGCACAGCGUCAGCGAUGCCUUCUCUGGAUGGCUGCUCAUGCUGCUGGUGGGGCUCAUGUCAGGCGCUCUAGCUGGCGGCAUCGACAUCGCAGCCCACUGGCUGACGGACAUGAAGGACGGGAUUUGCCUCAUCGGCUUCUGGUUCAACCACGAGCACUGCUGCUGGAAGUCAAAAGAGACGACGUUUCAGGAGAGGGACCGGUGUCCACAGUGGCAGAGCUGGGGUGAGCUCAUAACGGGGACAUCAGAGGGUGCGUUUGCCUACAUCGUGAACUACCUGAUGUACAUCUUCUGGGCUUUGCUCUUCGCUUUCCUGGCCGUCACGCUGGUCAGGGCCUUCGCUCCGUACGCUUGUGGCUCAGGAAUCCCAGAGAUUAAAACCAUCCUCAGCGGCUUCAUCAUCCGCGGCUACCUGGGGAAGUGGACCCUGAUCAUCAAGACCAUCACCCUGGUGUUGGCCGUCUCCUCCGGGCUGAGCUUAGGCAAGGAGGGCCCUCUGGUGCACGUGGCCUGCUGCUGCGCGAACAUCUUGUGUCAUCUGUUCACCAAGUACCGCAAGAACGAGGCCAAGCGGCGAGAGGUGUUGUCGGCAGCAGCAGCAGUGGGCGUGUCCGUGGCCUUCGGCGCUCCCAUCGGAGGAGUCCUGUUCAGCCUGGAGGAGGUGAGCUAUUACUUCCCCCUGAAGACGCUGUGGCGUUCGUUCUUCGCCGCCCUGGUCGCAGCCUUCACCCUGCGCUCCAUCAACCCGUUUGGAAACAGCCGCCUGGUGCUGUUCUAUGUGGAGUUUCAUGCCCCGUGGCACCUGGUGGAGCUGGCGCCCUUCAUCCUGCUGGGGAUAUUUGGCGGCCUCUGGGGGGCGCUGUUCAUCAAGGCCAACAUCGCCUGGUGCAGGAGACGUAAAUCCACUCGUCUGGGUCACUACCCCAUCAUCGAGGUGCUGGUGGUGGCUGCUUUGACCGCUGUGGUCGCCUACCCCAACAGCUACACCAGGAUGAGCGGAGCCGAGCUCAUCUCCGAGCUGUUCAACGACUGCUCUCUGCUCGACUCCUCCCAGCUCUGCGGCUACCAGCAGCCGGCCAACACAUCAGAAACCAGUGCAGGUAACAGUCUAGCUGACCGUCCUGCAGGAGAAGGCCUGUACACCGCUCUGUGGCAGCUAGCCCUCGCCUUAGCCUUCAAGAUGAUGAUCACUGUGAUUACCUUUGGCAUGAAGGUUCCCUCUGGCCUCUUCAUCCCCAGCAUGGCAGUCGGAGCCAUAGCUGGCAGGCUGCUGGGUGUCGGCAUGGAGCAGCUGGCCUACUACAACCACGACUGGUUCAUCUUCAAAGGGUGGUGCUCGCCGGGAGCAGACUGCAUCACCCCGGGGCUCUACGCGAUGGUCGGAGCCGCCGCAUGUUUAGGCGGAGUCACUCGUAUGACGGUGUCGCUGGUAGUCAUCAUGUUUGAGCUGACCGGCGGUCUGGAGUACAUUGUCCCCCUCAUGGCCGCCACCAUGACCAGCAAAUGGGUGGCAGAUGCUUUCGGAAGAGAGGGAAUCUAUGAGGCUCACAUCCGGCUCAACGGAUACCCGUUCCUGGAGCCCAAAGAGGAGUUUGAGCACAGCAGCCUGGCGGUGGACGUGAUGAGGCCCAGGAGGUCGGACCCGGCCCUGGCCGUGCUCACGCAGGAGGGCAUGACUGUAGGGGAGGUGGAGGCCUUGGUGGAGGGGACUCAUUACAGUGGCUUCCCUGUGGUCGUCUCUCAGGAGUCCCAGAGGCUUGUGGGAUUUGUGCUCAGAAGAGAUCUGCUCAUAUCAAUAGACAACGCCCGAAAGCGCCAGGAGGGCGUCGUCAGCGCCUCCAAAGUCGUCUUUACCGAGCACGCUCCGGCUCAGGCGUCUGAUGCUCCGCCGCCCCUCCGCCUCAGAGGUAUCAUGGACCUGAGCCCCUUCACGGUCACCGACCACACUCCCAUGGACAUCACUGUGGAUAUAUUCAGGAAGCUGGGGCUACGCCAGUGUCUCGUCACACAUAACGGGAGGCUGCUGGGAAUCAUCACCAAAAAGGACAUACUGAAACACAUGGCGCAGAUGGCCAACAGAGACCCUGACUCCAUCCUCUUCAACUGAACCCCUCCGCCCUUCCUCUUCGUCAUCCCUCCACCUCUCCCCCGCGGAACUGGGGGGGAGGAGAGGACACCAGCUCGGACACUCGAACCAACAAAAACGCACCUUUACCUCCUCAACUUUUAAAAGGCUGUUUAGAGGAAGCCAAGUAAGUCGAGCCCCGUUUGCACAGGAACAUAGAGAACAAUGGAUUUUCUUUUCUUCUUCGUGCGUGUGUGUGUGUGUGCGUGUGUGAGAUGGGGGUGUUUGGCUGUCUGACAGCGUGUGCACCACUGACAAAAUAAAAGCUCAGAAACAAUGACUCAUCUGACGCUGCAAUUUCAUGCUGGAGGAGACGGACGCAGGAGGACGCAGGACAGAUACACAACGGAAUAUUUCACAUCUGCUCCUUUUGGCUUUUUCCAUCCUCCUUUCUUUUCUUUUCUUUUUUUUUUUUGGAAAAAAGUGAAGAAAAAAAUAAAUCGCCGUCCUCCAUUGGCCACUCUGCUACACCUAAGAGAAAAACAUUUUGAAAGGAGGUGGGAACAGACGCUCCUCUGACAAGAGGAGAGGGGAGAAAUAAUGACAUCAGGGCAGAUAAAGAGAGGUUUGGGGAGCUCCGUGCCUGCCCUCCGGCCCCUCACAGCGAGCCCAGACAGAGCACUCUGGGCUGGGCUGAUGGAUGCGCAGCCACCCCCCCCCCUCCACUCUCCUCCCUCCCUCUGUGAGGUUUAAUGUAGCCCCGGGCGAAGCAUACAGGAGUGUGAGAAGAGGAUCUAACACACACACUUACACUCCAUUAAGACUUCACGACAGCCUGGGAACUCUCCAGAAACGUCUUUUUGUCAUAGACUCUUGAGAUCUGAAAUGCGGUGCGAGACUCCAGCCUGGGAACGACGCAGAGCUGUCUUGCCGUGUGAUUGGCAACACAAACAGCUAUAUCCUCCGACAGAAAUCAUGCACAGGUAGCGGCGACGCUGCAAAAACCCACGUCCUGCCUUAACGAAGGGUUCAGGGCUUUCUCAGCCGCCGUGGAAGGGCUAAAAAAAAAAAAUGCAAAGAGAGAAUCG